AAUAACAUGGACAGUCAUCGAAUCGUUCCAUCUGUCAUGUACGCCGUGAAUUUCACCAGGCCGGACUCCCACUGGUCACUGGGACAGAGCCAUGGGAUGGAGCACAGUGACGAGUGCAUCUUCCAGAGGAGGCAGCCCACGGUGGCGAUCUUUGUGCUCUACGGACUGGCAGUUCCCACCUUGGCCGCCUUUGGACUGUGCACGAACUUUAUCAAUGCGGUGGUCUUCAUGAGGCCCAAGAUGACCCCGUCGGCCUUCAGUUACUUGGCGGCCCUCUCCUGGAUGGACUGCAUCUCGUGUCUGCUCAUCACGUUGACCGCGUUGUCCAGGAGCUAUUUCUACCGCAGCCCAGCCUGGAUUGCCUACGACUAUCAGUGGCAGACCCCGUUCUUCGGGAUCAGCACGGGAGCAGCCAAUCUACUCCUGGCCUGCCUGAGCCUGGAUCGAUUCACCUAUCUGUCGGGUUUCAAGCGGAACAAUGGGGCUCCUCGCUUUUGUCGUCGGAAGGUGGCUCGUUGUAUGAUCGUUGUGGCAAUUGGCACAUCCAUAGUGGUCAAUAUGCCGUACUUCUUUGUCUUCUAUGUGAGCGACUCGGGAACUUGUCACGUCACCGAUUUCUACUAUUCAAAUUUUUAUAAGGUGCAAAACUGGUUCACCUUUGCCUUGUUGGCCCUCUUGCCAGCCAUUUUCCUGUUUAUCGGCAACGGGGCCAUUAUUAUAGCCUUUCGAAAAUGGACUAAGCAGAGCCAAAGGUGUCAGGCGAGCGAUCCGAAUGCCAAUAACCGCACCACCGCCAAGCGAUAUCAGCACCAAAUGAAGCUGACCAUCAGCAUAGUGAUUGUAAUUACAUUGUAUUUAAUCGGAGAGCUUCCCGCCCACAUGACCUCCAGAAAGAGCUCCCUAAAUCUAAUAUUCGGCGGUGAUACCAACAAGGUAGAUGAGUCCUUCAUGGAACAACUGGAGGUGAUCUGCAUAACGUUGAAUGCGCUGCAGUUGUCCUUGAAUAUAGUGGUUUAUGCCGUGAUCAAUCCAUCGUUUAUGCCGGAGUUUUUCCUGUGCAUGAAGGGCACCUCUGAUAUAUGCUUCGGAUUGUGUUGUUUCCGGGCUCUGCGAAGGCUUUGGACUCGCUGCCAGGCUCGGCGACAGCAACAGGCGACGGCGGAGGAGCGAGUGGUCAGCAGUGUGAGUCCCCAGCAUCUGCCGGCGGAUGAGGCUCUGCCCUGCGGCUGCGAGAGUUGGGCGAGUGAUUCCGGAUGCAAGAUAAAUGCCCAUUGCAAGACGGCAGUGGGUACAUUCACCAUGAAGGAUUCGGAACAAGACGAGGAGGUUCUUGGCUGCCACGAGUCAGAGGUUUUCUACACCAGAUCAAGCGCCUGCUUGCACUCAAAAGACUCCGCUCCCGACGAGGACUCCAUAUUUAGUUCUAGCUUUAUUAUAAUCACUUAA